AUACAUAUAUUUGCAAAUAAUAAUUUUUUAUGUUUCUUCUUUUUUAAAAACUGUUAUAAUUCAUGAUAUAAUAAGUAUAUAUUACAUGUACAUUUAACUUUAACAACUAAUAGACUAUUAGAACAGAAUUCGAUAGAUGUAAAAUCUACUAUAUAUAUGUCAGGUGAUAAGGGAAAUAAUAAAUUACUGAAUCAAAAGGAAGAUAUAUUUAAGCUUCAUUUAAAAGAAAAAUUAUUAAAUACAAAAGAAAGUGAUAAAGUACCUAAUAAAAAGAAGUCUUCUUUACUUAAUUAAAUGGAUAAUUUUUUUUUCAUUCUAUUAGAUUCCUUAGAUGAAAUUAAGAAUAACGCAGAAAUUAAUACAAUGAUAUGUGGAAAGAAAGAUUUAAGAACUAUUCCAAUCCUUUUAAUUUUUUUGAAAUGAACAUCAUUUUCAAUAUUAGGUGUCGCAUAUGACGUCAGUGGUAGUUCUAAGUUCUAUUAUCCUGUAAUAGCGAAUUCAGUGUUUUUUGGAAUUGUUCUAUUCUUAUUUGUAAUAGGUAUUAUUUACACUUUUAUAAAAGUUAUAAAAUUUGAAAUAAUAAAGGCAAAUAAUCCAAAAAUUUAGUAUAAGGAGUUAAGUUCUUUCGUAAGAAAAAAGUUUUGUAUCAAAAAAUAA